CGGUGAAAAUUUCGAAGAUAAUGAUGAGAUUGCAGAGCAUAUCAAAUCAACAUGAACUCAUCCUAUAGUCUUCUGUGAAAUCAUCGUCAUAAUUAGAUCUGAAAAUUUAUUCGCCAUCUUGUCCCGCCACGAGCAAUGAACCAGCAGAUCUUGAACUGUUCAACAGCAUGGUAUCCGGAAAUUAUUAAAGCUAAUAGACAAUAAUCUAAAAUUGCUAUAACCCAUAGAACGUAGGUAUUUCAAGUGCUACCAGCAUCUCGCUUUCAAUGUUUGUCGGUGAAUCCCCCGGCAACCGGAGUUAGAAGCGAGAAACGCAAAAUAUCUCAAGAUGUGCAAAAUGUUUUAAAAAUAGCGUACCAAAAUAUUGCAUGCUGUUUGAUCGAGUUAUUUGGUGAUUUGUGAAAAAAGAUUGAAAAUAAACGAGUAAGCGAUGAUGAAGAGUAAAUUUUCCUGGCUGUCGCUGCUGGCCACCGCCACGGUGAUGUCAAUUUCCGCCGUUCAGUGCUUCAACUUUGAAACGCGCCUUCCCAUCGUCAAGUACGGAGCGACCAACACCUAUUUCGGAUAUUCGGUUGCUUCCCAUACCGAAAAGUUGAGCAACGGAGACAAGAAAAGCUGGGUCUUGGUUGGAGCUCCUCUCGGUCAGAACCUGCAACCGGCGACCAACCGGUCAGGGGCACUGUUCAAAUGUCCAAUUACUCAGCUAAGCAACGACUGCGAGCAAGUGAAGACAGAUGGUCGAAGAAAGCCUUCUGGUAUUUAUGAAAGUGACGACGAGGAAGAUGAUGAUCUGGCGCCUCCAGGAUAUGAUGAGCUUAAAAGUAAUCAAUGGCUUGGUGUAACCGUCAAGUCAGGCGGCAAGGAGAAUAAGAUCUUUGUAUGCGCGCACCGUUACAUGAAAGUUCAUGAACGGGGGAAGGCGACAGAAAACGGUUUACACCUGGGACAAGGUUUGUGUUACGUGUUGAACAAUGAUUUCUCGUUUGGAUUUGCGGUGGAAGUUUGCCUUGGUCGAUCUACCGAGAGAGAACACGAACAGUAUGCGUUCUGUCAAGCUGGGACCUCGGGAAUGAUUCUGGAUGAUGGUACAGCGGUCAUAGGAACACCCGGAGUGAUGAUUUGGAAGGGAACAGUGUUCGCCGUUGAGGUGGAUGGUGAGUUCCUGUCGAGAGAUAAAACACAAUAUUACGGACCGCAUGACAAUGCGGAUUCUCCUGUUCCGAAUUACAGCUAUUUAGGUAUGGCUGUAACGGGUGGACGAUAUUUCGGAGAUUUCAUGUCCUUCGCAGGUGGGGCUCCACGGUCACGUGGCAAUGGACAAGUGAUUAUAUUUUCUAAUCGAGACAAACGUAAUCCCAUCUUCAAAGAAAGAGAACUUCGAGGUGAACAGUUCGGUUCAAGUUUCGGCUACGAACUAGCAACAGCCGAUGUAAACGGAGAUCACGCUCCCGAUCUGCUAGUUGCAGCACCAUUUUAUUUUGCUAAAUCGGAAGGUGGCGCCGUCUAUGUGUACCAGAAUGUGAAUAAUAAUUUCACCGAGAAUUACACAACCAAACUAACGGGAAAACUUGAAUCCCGCUUCGGCAUGGCGUUAGCAAACCUGGGUGAUAUCAAUAAAGAUGGUUGUGAAGAUAUUGCUAUCGGCGCGCCUUAUGAAGGCAAUGGUGUCGUUUAUAUCUAUCUUGGAACCUCAAAUGGGCUCUCUAAGAAACCAUCGCAGAUAAUAUCUUCAAGCUCUCUGGGAUUGAACGUUCCCGCACUGAAAACGUUUGGAGGUUCCCUAUCAGGAGGUGUCGAUCUUGACAAUAAUACCUAUCCAGAUCUGGUGAUUGGAGCGUAUGACUCGGCAGCAAUCACGACACUCUUGGCACGACCUAUUACGAAUAUUAAAACGUCAGUAAUUAGUAAGGAGCUGCAAAACAUCGAUCCUACCAAGCAAGGAUGCGAGGCAGACCCAACUGCUAAUGCCACAUGUUUUUCGUUUAGAGCGUGCUGUUCAAUCGAGCCGUACGAAGAAUCUGGCCACACCAGUAGUCAAAGUCAACACUUGAAACUAAUUUACACGAUCGAAGCAGAAACGUAUAAUAAUAUGAAAAAGUUUUCGCGAGUUUACUUUGGUCCGGACACCAAAAAUCGGUCGAACAUCCUUCGGAAACAAAUUAGUGUGAUUACAGAUGGACGCCAAGAAUGUAGAGAAGAAGUCGUUUAUAUCAAGGAUAACACAAGGGAUAUACAAAAUCCUAUCCGCUUCCGGUUGAAUUAUACAAUAUUAGAUAAUACACUUCCAACAUCGGCGUUGGAUACGUUGGAUCCAAUUUUAGAUCAAACCCAAGCGGACAGGACUUUUGAAGCAACCUUCCAGAAGGACUGUGGAAACGAUGGCAUUUGUCAGUCUAAGAUUGAUUUGAGCGCUAGACUAUCACUGGAAAAACAAGCGGACAACUCAUAUUCACUGGUUCUCGGACGUGAUCGUGGCGUUCAGCUUAAUGUGAGUGUUUCCAAUUUGGCCGAUUCAGCAUACGAAACUCAUCUAUAUGUGAAACAUGAUCCCAGCAUUUCGUACAGCGGAACAAAGAGUCUCUACACCUGCACCCAAUUCAACUCGACCAUCGUUGACUGUUCGCUCGGUAAUCCAAUGCGACGGAAUACGGAGGCAAAACUUUCAUUGCGGUUCGACCCUCAGCGAGUGGAUGACCUGGUAUCGAAAUUAUCUUUUCAAGUGUUUGUCAACACAACAUCUACCAUGCUUGAAGGAGCGAGACAUAGUGCAGUACUAGCUGUCAACGUGAUUAAACGAGCGAAGAUCAGCAUAUCAGGUGCUGCCCAUCCGGAGCAAACAUUUUACGGAGGAGACGUCAAAGGUGAAAGUGCAAUGGAAACAGUGGAAGAUAUUGGCACGGCAGUUCAGCACAUAUAUUUGAUCUACAACGAUGGUCCAUGGAGGGCACCAAAAGUUCAAGUUACCGUCCAAUGGCCGCAUCAGGUUGCUAACGACAAGCCUCAGGGUAAAUGGCUUCUCUACCUAACGGACACGCCUUCAGUAGACGCAACCAACGGAGGUGAUUGUAUAGUUGAACCCCAUUCUGCUAUAAAUCCACUCGGACUGAAAAAAACAUCCGUGCUAAACGAGUUGGUGCAAAUGGAUCGCUACACCCAAAGGGCACACAAUAAAUCGCUAACGUUUGCGGCCGAAAAAUCUGAAAGAUUAUCUUAUGCAAAACAAUCGACAUUCUCGUCGUCGGACAGCACAUUAAAUCGGGUAAAACGUGAUCGAUCCAUGGUCAUCCGCGCCGAGCGUCUAACGGACAAAGAUGGCAAACAAACAGACAUCGUUCACAUGGACUGCAAACGAAACACUGCCAAAUGCAUAUCGAUCGUGUGUAAUAUAUACGACGUACAACCGAAGGCCCAAGUACUUAUCAACGUGACCGCCAGACUGUGGAAUUCAACACUUGUCUCAGACUAUCCGAAAGUAGACUUGGUAAAAAUUGCCUCCAUCGCACGAAUCAAAGUGUUCGAGGUGCAACAGGAUUAUCCCAUAGAUUCUGUUAUGGUGGAAACGCUAGCCUAUCCAGAACUGCAUGACCAAGCUGGCGAUGGGUCCAUACCAAUAUGGAUCAUAAUUCUUGCCAUUUUAAGCGGUUUAUUGGCACUUGCUUUGCUAAUCUACAUUUUGAAGAGGUGUGGAUUCUUUAAGCGCCGGAGACCUGAUCCGACAUUGAGCGGUAAUCUAGAGAAAAAUAGCGAAAGCAAACCGUUUAUUUCCUAAAACAAUGGAUAACAACAGGCUGAAGUGUAGCGUCGGUUGAAAAAGUAAAUAACUGGGUACAGUAAUCCUUGAGAAAGAAUUGAGCAAAGUCUACUUAAAAAGUGAUAUGCACUAUAGAUAAAUAGAAUGUAAAUUUAUGACCAUCCAUUAGUUUAUAGUAAUAUUACUUUUGGUGCUGCUACAGCCCUGCAAGAAAUGGUAAGAUCACGAUGUAUUGGAAAAAUAUACUGAGUGCGAUACCAUAAUAUCGACUAGCCCUAAUUGUAGUGUCAGGAUAAGUCAUUGAAAUACUUCAAACAUCCAUCUCAAUUCAGUUGUGUAAUAUGCAAAAACAUGCUGGGAAAUGCCACCUGUGAGAUAAAUUACAGAAAGCAGCAAAGACAUCGAAUAAAAAGCUACUAAGAAUCUUAAGACUGAGGAUAGUUGCAUAUAUCGUGUAGUUUAGUGAUUCAAUUUCCGAGUUUCAGUCAUUACUUAUCAUGUGAUUAAUUCUCCAAUAAGCCAUCUUCUCUAAAACAUUCACCUAUGAGUUCUUCCAUCGGUAGUCAUGGCGACAAAUAUUUCAUAACGCAAUGAAUUCUUAUAAUCGUGUUCAAUAGCCCUAUGCCCCAGUUUAGGUAAAAUAAGUAAAUUCAACUGUACAUUCAACGAAAAAGCACCCAAAUUAGUAUAUGUUUAAUGAAGUUUGUCUAUCCAUUGUAAUAAAAUCAUGCAACAAAAUAUGGCACAAAAAGUAUUUGCAUCUGCAAAAUUACUAAUAUGUACAUACGUUCCUUAUAUUGAUAAAGAAAAACGUAGAACGAGAUAAGCUAUUGGAUAAUUGUGCUUCUUUGACCAGAAAACAGACCGCAGUUGGGUAACGAACAUUGCUCGAUUAAACAACCCGCAGUUAUACUACUAAUCAAAAGGUCAUUGAGAAGCAUCUUGCCUUUUUAAAAGUGCCAUUAUUAUAAAAGUAGAGAUGUAAAGCCGUUUUGGUGAUCGAAAUAAGGGUUAAAUGCUUACGAAUCGGUGCGAUUUGUUUAAACAACAGUAUCACAAAAAAAAAGUAAAAACUAACUUAGCAUAAUUCGUUGUGGUGUUAUCUGUAUUUUUGAGUACUGUAGCGUAAUUAUUUAAAACGAAUUUAAAACUGUUGUACAUUAUUAUUAAAGUUUUAUAUUUUAAUCGUUUAUGUGUAGAAUAUUAACAGUACAUUAUAUGUAAAUUUUAUAC